AUGUUCUCGGAGAUGUCUGUGUACGGCAGUUACUCUAACGGAGACGGCUUCUUCGGAUCCAACGGUGGUCACGACGGUCCUAUCUUGCCACCGCCGUCGGAGAUGGAGUCUGAUGAGGGAACUGCUCUCAGAGAAUGGAGAAGACAGAAUGCAAUUCAACUUGAGGAGAAGGAGAAGAGAGAAAAGGAGUUGUGGAACCAAAUAAUUGAGCAAGCUAAUCAAUUCAAAGAGGAGUUUCGUAAGAAGAGAGAGCUAACUUGUGAAAAUAACAAAGCAGCUAACAGGGAGAAAGAAAAGAUGUACGUGGAGACCCAGGAGAAGUUUUACGCGGAAGCCAGCAAGAACUACUGGAAGGCAAUAGCAGAGCUAGUUCCUAAAGAGGUUCCAACUAUAGAGAUGGAGUCUGGUCCCAAGAAGGCUUCAAUCUCUGUGAUUCAAGGUCCAAAGCCUAGCAAGCCAACCCAUCUCUCAAGAAUGAGACAGAUAUUGCUGAAGCUCAAACAGCACCCAAAGAAUGUUCAAAUCAAGCCCACCGAGGCUGUUGUUGCUGCUUAA